AUGUCCGAGGCUGCCCGGGAGGGAGAGGCCUCAGGGGCCUCCCUGAAGCCACCGGGAGGAGGUCUCUUCCUGCUGCCCGCGUCCCUGGCGCUGGAGGUGUCGGUGGGGAAGGCCGCCACCAUCUACGCCGUCAACGGCACGGAGGUCCUGCUGCCCUGCACCUUCUCCAGCUGCUUCGGCUUCCACAACCUGGCCUUCUCCUGGUCCUACAACAGCAGCGACGCCUACAGGGUCCUCCUAAGCGGGACCGUGAAGAACGAGAAGUCGGACCCCAGGCUGCACCUGAGAAACGACGACCGCAUCACGCUGGAGGGCUCCACCAAGGAGAAGAUGAACAACCUGUCCAUCCUGCUGCGGGACCUGGACUUCGGCGACACGGGCCGCUACACCUGCCACGUGCGGAACCCCAAGGAGAAGGACCUGCAGCACCAGGCCACCAUCUUCCUCCAAGUGGUCGAUAAGCUGGAGGAAGUGGACAACACGCUGACACUCAUCAUCCUGUCGGUGGUGGGCGGCGUCGUUGGGCUCCUGGUCCUCAUCCUGCUGAUCAAGAAGCUAGUCACCUUCAUCCUCAAGAAGACCCAGGAAAAGAAGAAGGAAUGCCUUGUGAGCUCCUCAGGGAAUGACAACACGGAGAACGGGCUGCAGGGCUCCAAGGCCGAAGAGAAGGCGCCCAGCAAGGCGUGAGCCUGGGGGCCACAGCCCAGGGCGCCCUGUGUGAGGGUGAAUCGCAGGCCUGUGGGCCACCUGCCUGACGCUGCUGCUUGGCUCAAACUCUAGUUUUCCUGUGGGAGCCCGGGUCCUGUCCAGCCUGCCCCCCAGGAGAAGGGGGUGGGGUGCGGUGGGAGGGUCAGGCGGGGGCCCGGCCUCACCCCUGGGCAGGUGGCGCUCCUCUUCCCGCUGGCAGAGGACGUGGCCCCAGGCUUCUCCUGGAGCCAGGCGCCCUGGGAGCACUAACCCUUCUGGGGCCCAUUGGCCUCAGGGGCCCUGGCAGGAUGUGGGGUGGGGGCUGGAGGGUGCAGGGAGAGGCUUUGAUGGGUUCCCGACCCCUUACCCCUGUCCACCACCCCUGCCAGCCCUUCCCGGGGCACAGGGGGCCCAUCCUGCUUAGGCGCCGCCCCCCUCCUGCUGUGGGUGCCCUCACACCUGCUCCCCUGACCCAGGGUUGUUUGUGGGCAGCCCCCCCCCCCCUCCGGCCUCCGGGCCUCCGCCUCAGGUCCCCUUCCUUCGGGGAGAGCGCCCACCCUCCGGGGUUCUGGCUGCUUCCUGCUCAGCUGGCCCGCCCCGCCCUCUGUCCCAGAGAGGGGGGGGGGAGGAGGGAGGUGCUGGUUUUCCUCUGCUUUUCCAGAACUGGCUGCACCCCGUGUGUGGGGCUAGACUGUGCCUUAGCUCCAGGUCCAGCUCCCCCUCCCCCUCAUGCCACUGUCUCCUGUGGCACUGCUGAAGGCUCCCCGUGACCCCCCCCCACCCCCAGGCAGGGGCCGGGGCGGGGACGUGUCACUGUGGCCCCGUGGGCAAUGGCUGAGUCACAGAGAUGGCUCCCAGGGCUCCCGGGGGUCCCUGGCUAGGAUGUGGAGGUGCAGGAGUGGCCCCAGGUGCUGUCCCCGGGUGGGGGGCAGAAGUCAGUGGCAGGAGGUGGCAUUCAGAGGUCACAUCUGCGCCCACUGCCUGGCUCUCAGAACCCCUGAGACGUGCUCCUGGGCCCUGGGGGGAGGGGAGGCAGGAGCCCCUCCUCCAGAGGGUGGGGGCUGCCUCAGCUCUGCUUCCAGAGGCGGCAGCAGCUUCCUCAGGGUGGAGACAGGGCAGGAGGGGGGCAGCGGCACUGCUGGCUGUCCCUGGCCCCGCCCCCCCAUGAGCUCAGGGUCCCGCCAGCUGCUGCUGUCCCUUCUGUCCUGCUCCCCGAACUCAUCCCCGGGUUCCUGGCACUGGGAGCAGACAGAGCAGAGCCACCAGGCACUGGGGGAACUAUGCUGCCUUCCUGCAGCCGCUCCCGCCAGCGCCCAUGGCCGCAGGGCUGGCUCCCCCUGAGGACAGGCUGCCGGCCAGGCCCAGGCCUUGGACAGGAGGGGGCGCCCCUCGCUGCCUCUGCUGCUGACUCACACCUGGCCAGCACGUCUCUGACUCAGCUUCCCCAUCUCUCCAAUGGGCGGCCUAACGCCUACCUACCUCACACGACUAUUGUGAGGCUUGGCGAGUUGUGUUUAAAAAGUCCUUUGGGCUUGGAGAGUGACCUAGGAGGCCAGCAUUAUAAUUAGUGGGAUAUUCAAGUUUGUCCUGUCCUUCUCUCUGUGUCCCUUCCCCACAACACACAC